CUAACACAGCCUCCGUGGAAUGUCUGGACUAUACCCGUAAUUAUCAGCUGGCAUGUGAACGUUGCACACACGCCUUUUAUUAUAUAGGCCAAGCAUGUGAGGUGUACUUUUUUCACCUGAAGUCGUCGCGAGCUCAGGUGGGCGUGAUUCGAGUCAGUUGGUAAUAACAACAUAUGUGUUAAGCCUCCUUAGAGCUGAACGACCUUGUAGUACGGCGUAUUAUAAGUGAGGGAGAUUUUGAAAAGUCGGCGGGACGGUGACAGUCAGGUCGGGCGUAUAGUAACCAGGUACUAACGUGUCCCCACACUCUCGGUGUUACCAUGAGGUGCCAAGGCGGUCUCUGAUACCGUCCCGCGAGGAACGCUGUGCCCAAUAGAGGCACAGAGGGACCGCGUCAACUCCAUGGAGCCCAUGUCUGGGUAUUCCGAGGCCUGGAUCGACAUCCAGAGGAAAACUUUCACGAACUGGGUGAACGAACAGUUGACGGUGACUGGGAAACAAGUGGAAAUACUAGAGCGAGAUCUGUGCAGCGGAGAAGCUCUAGUGGCACUAGUCGAAGCUCUGCAAUUCAAGAAAAUUGGCAAAGUAUGUCGGAAUCCCAGGAACCAAAUUCAGAUGAUAGGGAAUGUAGCUUUGGCAUUCAAAGCUAUAGCGGAAGACCACGUUCGCAUGGUGAACAUAGGAAACGAAGAUGUUGUCAAUGGGAAUGUCAAGCUUAUCCUCGGUCUCAUCUGGCAUCUCAUUAUCAGAUACCAGAUAUCCAGUUCCAAGUCCAAAGCUCCACCCAAAAAGAUAAUGCUGCAAUGGCUGCAGUCAGCGAUACCUGACAUCAGCAUGUCCAACCUGACCUCAGACUGGAAUAACGGGAUAGCGUUACACGCUCUGAUUGAGCACUGCAAACCUGGCCUUUCGCCGAACUGGAGGAACCUAGAUCCCAAAAACAGGGUAGAGAACUGUCGGACGGCAAUGGCUUUAGCCAAAGAACAUUUAAACAUCCCCCGAGUGAUCAGUCCAGAGGACUUCGCGAGCAAGGGGCUGGACGAGUUGUCGGCCAUGACUUACCUCUCCUACUUCGUGAAGACAGGGUCGCCUGGAUACUACGCCACGUUGAACUGGGUGUGCAAACAAAUCCGCUCUCCUAACGUCACCAACCUCACGACUGACUGGAAUGACGGAUACUACCUUUGCUGUGUAGCACAGUCUUUGGGAGCCGAGAUCCCGGGGUGGCCGGACAUAGAUAAGACCGAUCACCUGAGCAACUGUCAGAAAGGGAUAGACGCUGGGAAAUCCUUGGGAGUACAGCCUGUGUUAACGGCUGCAGAGAUGAGCGACCCGGCCGUAGACCACCUCAGUAUGAUGGCAUACAUCAACAGCUUCCGCAACGUCAAACCUCUGCGCAAAAAAGAGGAGAAGCUGGCUAUACGGACUGACGUCACUGACGUCAAGGUCGGGCAAACGGCAAUGCUUCAUUUAGACAUAAUGGACGAGGACCUAAACAAAGAAAACGUACGAGUGGACGUCAAUGGCCCUGGAAAGUACGAGAAUAACAUAAUAUGGGGUGCUAAACAAGCUGACGUCACCCUUGUGCCUUUGGCUGUAGGGAAAUAUCAGAUACGAUGCUUUUACGACGAUGUAGAAAUUAAAGGCGGUCCCGUUGAAUUUAACGUCUCACCCGAUAUAUCGAAAGUGAAAGUCACGUCAGAUCUCGGGACAAAAGUGAUGGUUGGCGUUGCUCAGGAGCUGAAGGUCGACACCAGCGGAGUCGGUGAAGGCAACCUACGAGUUGAGGCCAAGUCACCCAGCGGAAAAGUUAUUACACUGCCGUGUCACGGCCAAAAUGGCACACGAUCAGUGACAUUUAACCCGACCGAGUCCGGUGAGUGGACGAUAUCUACCCUAUUUGAGAACGAACGUGUAGAAGGCGGGACGUUCUCAGUCACAGUAUUCGACCCCAAAUCUGUCAGUCUGAGCGGACCCCAGAACGGGGUCGUCGGCGAGGCAAUCGUCUUUAAAGCUACUCACCCCCCUAACAGCCAACAGGAUGUCACAGCGCACGUCAUGCGGGGUACGUCCGUCUGUCCGUGCCUCUUGGAGAUCGCGGGAGAACAUGAGAGCCAUAUUAAAUUCACUCCCAAACACGGCGGGCCGCACACCGUCCAUUUACUCCUGCAUUCUGUGGAGGUAAAAGGUAGUCCCAAAACAAUCGAAAUCCAGGACCCCGGGUCCAUCUACGUGACAGGUGAGGGCGUGGUCAGAUGUCAGAUCGGGGAAGAAGGCGUGUUCACAAUCCAUCCUGACGGACAUGAAGGAGACAUCAGCGUGAAUAUAAGAGAGUCUGGAGAGGAGAUGGAAUUGGAGCGAAUGUUCCGAAGUGAUGGCACGACCGAGGUGUCGUAUCGUCCCCAGAGAGUCGGCAUGUAUACCAUAGACGUCAAAUGGAAUGGCCUGCAUGUCAGAGAAAGUCCCUUUUUAGUCAGAGUAACCGAUGCCACUAAGGUCACGUGCUUGGACGAGCUCGAUGAUUGGAUGGAUGAAUAUGAGCGCAUUUUACUUGACUACAAAGAAGAGGCCACCUUUAGAUUUGGUAUUGCCAAUGCAGGUCCAGGGAAAUUUACAGCAGAGGUUCUCUCUCCGAGCGGGAGAUUACCGGUCACCGUGAGCAACGUGCGAGCCGAUGUUAUCCAGGCAGUGUUUAUCCCAGAGGAAAAAGGUGAUCACUACAUCCAUUUGUACUGGUCCGAUGUACCUGUUCAGAACUCGCCUCUGCUUGGCUAUUGCCCGGGUGCCAAACCUCCAUUGGACUACACCAAAGUCGCCGUGAGGGGCCCCGGAAGGGAAGAAGCGAGAGCCACAGUCCAAACAUACUUCUUCGUGGAUGGCAGACUGGCAGGCCCAGGGACACCAGAAAUCCGGAUGGAGGGCUUAAAAUCCAACGUUGAUAUAAUGUCCAAGCGUCUACCCUGCGAUAGGUACAAGUGCACCUACACAGCCGAUGUCCCUGGUGGAUACUUGCUGUACGUGUACUGGUCGGGUAAACAGGUCCCUAGCUCCCCAUACAAGGUGACCGUCACGAUGAAGGGGGACCCCAGCAAAGUAGCCGUCUGCGGGGACGGCCUGAAAGGGGGCUUGGCUGGAAAGGAACUCCGUGUUUUAGUAGAUACAAACCCCACAGGGCCAGGGGAGAUAACGGCGAGUUGCAUGGGUCCGACGCAAACAGCCCGCUGUCAGUUGUUCGACCAUCACAACAGAACUUACACUGUUCGGAUAUUUCCCACAGAGGCCGGGCGACACACACUAAACAUUACGUAUGACAAGGAGCAUGUGCCUGGCAGUCCAUUUUCUAUCAGAGUGAUGGAUCCUCCUGACCCUACCCGAGUUAAGGUGUACGGCCCGGGGGUGGAAGACGGAGUCAUACAGAAGUUUCAGAGCCGCUUUAUAGUAGAAACACGAGGGGCAGGGGCUGGGCAACUAGCCGUCAAAGUCAAAGGACCCAAAGGUGGCUUUAAAGUGGAAAUGAUGAGGGAAUCAAACAUGGAUCGAACCAUUCUGUGUCGCUACGAUCCUAUGGAGCCCGGAAAUUACAUCAUCAACGUAAAGUGGUCCGGCGAGCACGUGACCGGAAGUCCCUUCGACGUUCGAAUAUUUGAUUCGCUGGAGGCUCGUCAGCGGUACAUGAAAGAAAAAGGCGUGAUAACUAACGGCGAUGGACAAGGGUUAUGGCAAGAGGAUAUAUAGGACGGGGGAAUGUUAUUCCUUUAACAUAUGUGCCGUUCGAAACGGCAUGCGAGAAUAUUCUACACAGAUCGCACGUACGUAUCGUAUACAACCGACUUGAUCGAGAGCGAUAUUCUUGAUUCUUACAACAGGUGCGAGACAAACGGAAAGACCUCCACAAACAUUUGUUGUGAAUUUAUUAAGUUAUACAUAUACUUGUAAGAUGAAUAUAGUUAGAGAUAUAGAAAUAUCAACAUGUAUAAAACCAUGCAUUAACUAUAACGAUAUGUUUAUUGAGGCAAGAUACACACGUGAGCAUGACAUCACGUGGCGCACACAUCAUAUGUAGGCACAGCAUCGUACGCGGAACUUUGUAUAUAUAACGCAUGUACGAGAACCAAAACUGUACUGUGUAAAUAUGGCACAUCUCGACCUUCAAGCGAGGUGUACCCAAGGGUAGCGUGCGAACCACAUCCAUUUUGCGAUUUAAUCCAUUUUAAUCGGACUGACAUAAAAAUAGAAUUAGACAGUAUUGAGCAUCGCAUCAGUGGCGUAAUGUUUCCUAUAAAUAUUGAUAUAUCAAGUCUCACAAGAGUGUUGAGUUCGUUAUAUAUUGUACAAAGCAGAAUAUAUGUAUGACAUAGUGAACCAAAGACAUUUAACUGGAGAUUUCGCUUUUGGUGCAUUUUUAGUUACUAUGACAUUGUAGAUGAUGUUGAGGAUAUCGAUGUUGUUGAUAAAAAUGUUGUUUUAAAGUAAUGAUGAUGAUAAGGUGAACAAUGAGGAUGAUGAUAAUUGUGAUAAAAAAAUAAUAAUGCUGGCACUGACGAUGGAUGCGUUAACAGUGGUGACCAAAGCGAUGAUGCUUACUGCAGUCAAUAUGUUUUUAAGGAUGAUAUCGACAGUAAUGAUGUCGAGGUUGCCAUAUGCGACGUUCGUAGCGAUGUUGACAUUAGUAAUGUUGAUGGCGAUGAGACGAAUAAUGAAAAUCAAAGAUAAUGCUAAUUGUGUGUUGAUUGUUGAUGACAAUGAUGAUGGGGUACACAAGCUAUUUAUAUGUCUAGCUAUUUAUAUUCAGGCCGUGCUAAAGACAAGAGUGAAAUAAAACCACAUCUAAACCUUUAAAAACUGGUAAUAUCCAACUAUCCAACACUGUUUUAACUUAUCAGUAUAUAUUUUCAAAGUGACUUUGAUUUUGUCAAUUCUUUCGUAUGUACAUAAUAUAUUCUGACCUUCAUAUGUAAGUCAGACUGUCACACUAAGAUAUGCUGUUAACGUAUGAAAACAUAAAUACAACAUAAAUAUCACACAAAACUCAUAAUUCUUAAAAGACAGAGAAUAACAUAUUUGCCGAGUCUCAACACAGGAUAGGUGUACCCUAAUAGAACAUAAUUGCUCACGAGAUGUAAGCACUAUCAAGUGAACAAAGUGUACGUUAGUAUGAAAGACCUGUAGAUAAUUGCGUGAAGUUGAGACUUCCCAGUUUGUGACAGAGUUAUGUCCCCUGUUUCUAUGCUUUACCAGUGUCAUGGAUAUUGCUCUUCGUGCAAAUCUUACAAAUCUAUAUUUACUCAACUUAUCAAGCAUGUAAAUUGAACGUUAUACUUGUACACUUUGCUUGAUGGGAAUAAAGACUUUUUAGUCCACUGA